AUGAAAUUAAUCACCAUCCUGUUUCUUUGCUCCAGGCUGCUACCAACUUUAACCCAGGAGUCCUCGCAAGAAAUCGACUGCAACGACCAGGAUGUAUUUCAAGCUGUGGACACUGCUCUGAAGAAAUAUAACAGUGGGAACAAAAGUGGCAACCAAUUUGUAUUGUACCGCGUAACUGAGGUCAUCAGGACGGAUGAUCCUGAUACGUUUUAUUCCUUCAAGUACCAAAUCAAGGAGGGCGACUGUCCUGUUCAAAGUGACAAAACCUGGCAGGAUUGUGACUACGAUGACUCUGCACAAGCUGCUACAGGGGAAUGCACAGCGACGGUGGCGAAGAGGGGGAAUAUGAAGUUCUCCGUGGCUACCCAGACCUGCCAGAUUACUCCAGCCAAGGGCCCCGUGGUGACAGCCCAGUACGACUGCCUUGGCUGCCUGCACCCCAUAUCAACCGAAAGCCCCGACUUGGAACCUGUUCUGAGACACUCCAUUGAACACUUUAACAACAACACUGAUCACCCCCACCUCUUUGAUCUUAAAGAAGUAAAAAGGGCCCAAAGACAGGUGGUGGCUGGAUGGAACUAUGAAAUUACUUACUCAAUUGUGCAGACUAAUUGUUCCAAGGAGAAUUUUCUAUUCUUAACUCCAGACUGCAAGCCCCUUUCAAAUGGUAAUAUCGGUGAAUGUACAGAUAAAGCAUACGUGGAUAUCCAGCUAAGAAUUGCUUCCUUCUCGCAGAAAUGUGACCUUUAUCCAGGGGAGGAUUUUGUACAACCACCCACCAGGAUUUGCGCUGGCUGCCCCAUAUCUAUACCUGUCAACAGCCCAGAGCUGGAGGAGCCUCUGAAUCAUUCCAUCGCAAAGCUUAAUGUAGAGAAUAAUGGAACCUUCUAUUUCAAGAUUGACACUGUGGAAAAAGCAACAGUGCAGGUGGUAGCUGGAAAAAAAUACUCUAUUGUGUUCACGGCCAGGGAAACCACAUGUUCUAAGGAAAGUAAUGAAGAGUUGACCGAAAGUUGUGAGAUCAAUAAACAUAGUCUAAUUCUAAAAUGUAAAGCUGAUGUGUACGUCGUACCUUGGGAGAAAAAAAUUUACCCUACUGUCAACUGUCAAUCACUUGGACAGACCUCACUGAUGAAAAGGCCUCCAGGUUUUUCACCUUUCCGAUCAGUACAAGUGGAGAAAAUUAAAGAAGGAACAAUCGUAAGUCCACCCCACACUUUCCUGGUACCUGUACAAGAUGAAGAGCGGGAUUCAGGAAAAGAACAAGGACCCACUCAUGGGCAUGGCUGGGGCCAUGGAAAACAAAUAAAACAUGGCCUUAGCCACGGCCAUAAACAUGAGCAUGACCAAGGCCAUGGACACCGAAGGGGUCAUGAUCUUGGCCAUGGGCACCAAAGGGGUCAUGGUCUUGGCCAUGGGCACCAAAGGGGUCAUGGACAUCAAAGGGGACAUGGCCUAGCCCAUGGACAUAAGCAUGGUCAUGGCCACAGAAAACAUAAAAAUAAAGGAAAAAACAAUGGAAAGCAAAAUGGUUGGAGAACAGAGUAUUUGGCAAAUUUUUAUGAAGACAAUACUACCUCUUCUUCACAGAUACAAAAGAAGACAGAAGGGCCAACACCCCUCUCUUCCCUAGCCCAGCCAGGUGUAGCCAAUACCUUUCCUGACUUUCAGGACUCAGAUCUCCUUGCAACUGUGAUGCCUAAUACACUACCACCUCCCACAGAGAGUGAUGAUGAUUGGAUCCCUGACAUCCAGAUAGAGCCAAAUAGCCUUGCAUUUAAAUUGAUUCCAGAUUUUCCGGAAACAACUUCCCCCAAAUGUCCUGGGCGCCCCUGGAAGCCAGUUAAUAGAGUGAAUCCAACUGUAGAAAUGAAAGAAUUUCAUGAUUUCAGUCUCUCUGAUGCUCUUUAUUAA